AUGCCACAAGAAGAUAGAGAAAUCUUGCAACGUAUAGUUGUCUCAAAGCGUCCGUACGUCUAUUCUAAGGCAAGGGCAUCAAUGAGAGGGGGAAACCACUUAGCAAUGAAAAGCUUGGUGCAGCUGUUCAAUGAGUGGGAGAUCCAACUACUAGUGCUUUUUAGCUUCACACUACAGUUCUUUCUCUUCUUUGCCGGCGGCCUCCGGCGGCGUAUCAGAAACUGUGUACUGAGGUCAUCAAUCUGGCUAGCUUAUUUGGGAGCAGACUUGGUAGCCGCUUAUGUCCUAGGCCUCAUCACACGACAAGAGGUUUCCACUCAUCACCUGUUUUUUCUCUGGGCGCCCUUUCUCCUCAUACAUCUUGGUGGACAAGACACCAUCACUGCUUUUGCCAUCGAGGACAACAGUCUCUGGCGGAGGCAUUUGUUGAACCUUGUUGUCCAAGUGUCCCUUACCCUGUAUAUCUUUUGGAAGUCAUUCGACGGCGGUCCUAACAUGCAACUUCUUGCUCCUAGCAUCCUUUUGUUUGUCACUGGCACUAUCAAGUAUGGGGAGAGAACAUGGGCUUUGUGGUGUGGCAGCCUGACAAACAUCAGGGACUCGGAUGGUCAUGCUUCUGUUUCGGAAUUGCGCUUUGCUACCUCUUCUGACCCUGUUAUGUUUGCCUUGGUUUCAACAAAUGCUAUGCGUUGUUUUUUUACUGGCCUUAGGUUGCCCACUGACUUUUGGCAUAUAGGUAAUUUACGCCCAGACUUUUCAACCAAGUUAUUCUGGAUCAUGGAGAUUGAACUCAGCGUAAUGUUUGAUGAUAUCUAUACUAAGGCCCUGGUGCUUCGGACGUGGGGUUGCACCAUCCUUCGGUGCAUCUCGCAUCUUUCCUUCCUGGCUGCUUUUGUGCUAUUCUUUUAUGUAGUAAGAAACAAAGAGAGGCGGCAGUACAAUUUUGUUGACACUGCAAUUACCUAUGGUCUGUUUUUCGGUGGUUUCUCUCUUGAAGUUUCCUCAGUAUGUAUCAUCAUGAGGUCACCUGGGACUUGGGCAUGGCUAUGGAAAAAGACUCGGAAUUGUAGCUUCCUUGGCUCCGUUGUUAAAUGGUGUAUACGUACUAGGUGUCCAAGGAAAAGGUGGUCAAACUCCAUGGGUCAGUACAACAUCCUAGACUAUUUGGGGCAGUCAAGGAAACUGGUGAAUAUGUUUUUCAGGACGGGAGAGCAAAAGUUGUGGAUCAGUAAACUGCUGGACACCAAGUUUGUGCAGGUGGAUGAGCAGAUCAUGAGAUGCGUCGUCCGAAGGAUUGCUCAGUAUCGCCAUCGCCAAGAAGGUAGCCCCCAGGCCGGGCAAUUGGAAAAUCUUGGUCCGUUCCUACAGAAGAUUGUGAAGCGGCAUCAUUCCGGUUUUGAUUGUCCCUCCAUUAUCGGGCUCCAUUUAUUCACAGAGAUACUGUUGAGUAGGUAUGUACGCACUGGCACUGCUAUGGACAGUGAGUCUAGCGAUGCUUCGGUCCGUGUAUGCCGGAUGAUAUCCCAGUAUAUGCUUUAUCUUUUGCUCACGCACCCUAAAAUGCUGCCGACCAUCAGCAGCGAUAGCGGAGUAGACCAGUUAGUAGCAUCCCUCUAUGUAAUCUUCGGUGCGGAUAAUGACAUGAUGGUUCAGGCAGUUUCAGCAUUGGCUUUUAUCGAUAUGCCGGAGCCACCGGGGGAGUGCGCAGAGGCGCAUCUGUUGGAGCUCCAAGAGGCAUGGGUAGGUGUGCUCCUCCAUGCGGCCAGCAAGUCGCGGCCGGAGAUGCAUGCCACGCUGCUAGCCAAAGGAGGGGAGCUCCUCACCUUCAUCUGGCUGCUCAUGGCCCACUACGAGCUUGGGGAUGUGCAGGGCCGCCCCAUCGAGAUGACCGCUGAUGCACCUACUGUUCGGCGCCACUACGCCUUCUGUUUUCCACCUCAACCUCAAGCCUCUAGCUAG